UCCUCUCUCUCUCUCUCGGUUCGGGUGAGCUGCCGAGACACUAGCCGACAGGAUGCAGCAGGAGCUGGUGACGCACGCCAAUGGCGAACAACUCAGGUCUGCCUUAGGAUCCGCAUCGUUCCGAUCUCCAGAUCAGCGGCUAUCCUCUCCCCCGUACUUCGCCAACAGUGGAGAUUUCUGUUGGCCCUAUACGUCGGUUAUCUCACCGACGGAGGGGACUCCGACUGGCGUGACUCCUCUCCCCGGCUCCGGGUCCGUGUCGCUCACCCCCUCCACUGUCUCCUUCGACGAGGAGGACCCCGCCGCCACUGAGAACCGCCUCUACCUCGCCCGCCUCACCCUCCAGUACCAAGAGAUCGCGGAGCGCUACCAACUGUGCCUCUCCCACCUCCAGGACGCGGCCCAGGAAGCGGAGGCCCUUCGGCAGGAGAACGCGAAACUCCGGAUCGCCAAUGGCGAGCUCGCCAAGCGCCUGAGCCUCCUGUCCGAGAAGCAGAGCCACCGGAUUGCCUCCUUCGCCGCCAGCGGGCACCCCGCACUGUCGAUCGUGGACGAGUUCCGCCGCCUCGGCGUCGGGGACCCACCGGCGGAGACGAGCCCGACGAGCGUUCUGGCGUUCCAGGAGAACCGUUUCGCAAGGCGGGCCGCGGAGAAGCGGGUCCUGAUGCCCAAGAGCAUCUCCGUCAGGUCCAGCGGCUAUCUCAAGCUGAACCAGGCCAUCCCGGCCGCCAACCGCAACGGCCGGCUUCGCGCCUCCAGCCCUGUCAUGGUCGGUUCGCAACGGGUUUACGUGGGCGGAGGGAGCAAGAAGAAGUUGGAAAGAGGUGGAGAGGACGAAGAGGGUGGGGAAGCUCUGGAGCUGGAGGUGUACAACCAAGGGAUGUUCAAGACCGAGCUGUGCAACAAAUGGGAGGAGAACGGAGAGUGCCCCUACGGCGAGCACUGCCAGUUUGCCCACGGCGUCGGCGAGCUCCGCCCCGUUAUCCGCCAUCCCCGCUACAAGACCGAGGUCUGCCGCAUGAUCCUCACCGGUGACACUUGCCCCUACGGCCACCGCUGCCACUUCCGCCACACCCUCUCCCCCUCCGACCGCUUCUUCCUCCAUCCUUCCUAAUAAUUCGUAUGAUCAUCAAAAAUAAUAUUAAACAAAACCAACAAAAUCCCGAAAAUUUCCUCCUUGAUCUCCCCAUGCCAUUAGGGGAAAAAGGACAAGGAAAAAAGAAUAACAACAAUUCAGUAAAUGGUGAGGCCAUGUGAAUAUAUAUCGAGGAGGCCAUUAAUGUGGAUGUAGGUAUAAAGCAAGGGAUUUCCACACAGAACACAAUACUUGGUGGCAAUUUGUUCU